CAGCUCUGUGUUCUCUUAAAGAGCCGCGGCGGGCGCGGGUGACGUGAGGAGCUCGGGGAGUAAGGGAGAGGGAAAGUGUACGCGGAGGCUGCAUGGGGACAGAGACCUCCAGGCCCGACGCCGAGCGCAGAGCAGCGGGGGCGGCGGUGGCAGCUGAAGGAGGGGGCCGAGCCGGGUGGAUGUGGCAGAGUGGGGAGCGGGGCAUGUGCUCCGUGUAACGGGACGGUGUACGCGCUGUCUCCGAGCACCGGCAGUAGCUGCGGGGAGGACGGAGAUCGGUGCAGCCCUGCAGAGAGAGGGCGACCCCGCUGCCGCCGCCGGCAUUACGCAGCCCUACUCCCCAGGGAUGGCCGGCCGCAGCCGCCGCUCCUGGCUCAGCGUGCUCCUAGGGCUGGUGCUCGGCUUCCUGCUGGCAUCCCGGCUCAUCCUGCCCCGGGCCGUGGAGCUGCACCGGUACAGCCGGCGGAGAGGAGGCGGGGGCCGGGGCGCAGCCGGGGGGCAGAGGGGCGGCUGCGGGGUUCAGCCUGGGCUGAGGACUGACUUACACGCGCCCUUCCUGGGAGCCCUGGAGCCGGGCAGCGACGAUGACCUGCGCCGGGAUAAUAACUUCCUCUAUGUGGGCGUGAUGACCGCGCAGAAGUACCUGCAGAGCCGGGCGGUGGCCGCUUACAGAACGUGGUCCCAGUCCAUCCCGGGAAAGGUGGAAUAUUUCUCAAGUGAGGGCUCUGACACAUCCAUACAAAUUCCAAUUAUAGCACUGCAAGGUGUCGAUGAUUCUUACCCACCACAAAAGAAGUCCUUUAUGAUGCUAAAGUAUAUGCAUGAUCAUUACCUGGAUCAGUACGAGUGGUUCAUGAGAGCAGAUGAUGACGUCUAUAUAAAAGGUGACCGCCUAGAAAGCUUCCUGCGCAGACUCAACAGCAGUGAACCAUUGUUCUUGGGGCAGACUGGCCUGGGUACUACAGAAGAGAUGGGUAAACUGGCACUAGAACCAGGUGAAAACUUUUGCAUGGGAGGCCCUGGUGUCAUCAUGAGUAGAGAGGUCCUUCGAAGAAUGGUGCCGCACAUCGGAGAGUGUCUACAACAGAUGUACACCACCCACGAGGAUGUGGAAAUUGGCAGAUGUGUCCGAAGGUUUGCAGGGGUGCAGUGUGUAUGGUCGUAUGAGAUGCAGCAGUUGUUUUAUGAGAACUACGAGCAAAACAAAAAGGGUUAUAUUCGGGACCUGCGGAACAGCAAGAUUCACAGAGCCAUCACUUUACACCCGAACAAGAGUCCUCCAUACCAAUAUCGACUGCACAGUUACAUGCUGAGCCGCAAGAUAGCAGAGCUGCGUUACCGCACAAUUCAGCUCCACCGAGAGAUUGUCCUGAUGAGCAAGUACAGCAACACAGAGGUUCGCAAGGACGAUCUACAACUGGGAAUUGCGCCGUCUUUUAUGCGGUUCCAACCACGCCAACGGGAGGAGAUCCUAGAGUGGGAAUUUCUGACCGGCAAGUAUUUGUAUUCAGCUGCUGAUGGGCAACCUCCUAGACGUGGGAUGGAUGCGUCACAAAAAGUAGCUCUUGAUGACAUAGUCAUGCAAGUCAUGGAAAUGAUUAAUGCCAAUGCCAAAACUCGUGGACGUAUUAUUGACUUUAAAGAGAUCCAGUAUGGAUACCGCAGACUCAAUCCCAUGUAUGGAGCAGAAUACGUUCUAGACCUGCUCCUGCUAUACAAAAAGCACAAAGGCAAGAAAAUGACUGUACCAGUGAGGAGACAUGCCUACCUCCAACAAACAUUCAGCAAGAUUCAGUUCAUGGAACAUGAAGAGAUUGAUGCUAAAGAGUUGGCUAAUAGAAUAAACCAGGAUUCGGGAUCCUUAUCUUUCCUCUCAAACUCGCUUAAGAUGUUUGUUCCUUUUCAGCUCACUGCCUCAAGGGUUGAACACAAAGAACCCAAAGAAAAGAAGGUCAGCAUAUUGGUUCCAUUGUCUGGUCGCUUUGAAAUGUUUAGUAGGUUCAUGGCUAACUUUGAAAAGACUUGCCUCAUUCCCAACCAAAAUGUGAAGCUGGUUAUUUUGCUUUUCAAUUCUGAUGCCAACACUGAGACAGAAAAACAAGUAGACCUCAUGAGAGAUUAUCGUGUUAAAUAUCCAAAGGCGGAUCUGCAAGUCUUACCUGUGAGCGGGGAGUUCUCCAGAGCUUUGGCCUUGGAAGUUGGAUCAUCUCAGUUUAGCAAUGACUCUUUGCUUUUCUUUUGUGAUGUGGAUUUGGUGUUUACCACAGAGUUCCUUCAGCGCUGUAGGGCCAACACCAUUCUAGGGCAGCAAAUAUAUUUUCCAAUUAUAUUCAGCCAGUAUGAUCCAAAAAUUGUUUAUGCUGGACAGGUUCCCAGCGACAACCAUUAUGCAUUCACACAGAAGACUGGUUUCUGGAGGAACUAUGGCUUUGGAAUUACCUGUGUUCACAAAGGAGACCUUAUACGUGCUGGAGGCUUUGAUGUCUCUAUUCAGGGAUGGGGACUAGAGGAUGUGGACCUUUUUAAUAAAGUGGUACAAAGCGGUUUAAAGACUUUUAGAAGUGAAGAAGUGGGUGUGGUCCACAUACACCAUCCAGUGUUUUGCGACCCCAAUCUUGAUCCUAAACAGUACAAAAUGUGUUUGGGAUCCAAAGCUUCUACUUACGGUUCCACCCAGCGGUUAGCUGAACUAUGGCUUGAGAAAAAUGACCCUACAUUUGGUAAAGCCAUUCAUACAAAUGAGACUGUGAGGACAUCCUGAUAAGCCAGCGCAGCUGGCAUUUUUAAGACUCCUUUUCAUAGCCAUCUAAUUUAUUUUUUCAAAUGUUUUUUGUUAUUUUUGUUUUUUAUCAUAGUUAUGAUGUGACAGUCUUUAGAAAGGUCUGUCUUAUGAAGAGCUGACUGAGCUUUUCGGACAAAAACAAAUGUGAUCAGUAUUUGCCUUUUAGCCAUUGCAAUAUGACAACUUGAAGUAUCGUUAUGAUCAAAUCCCUGUGUUCUCACAUUCCAUGAAGUCUGGUCUUCAAUUCUAUCCCCACCACACCUAUUGCAAACAAGGUAAUGUGGCCGGUAGACACUGCACUGUACCUGGCACAUCCACAAUUUGUUUGCCCUGAUACUGGCCCUUCAUAUUUGUAACAUUGUUACAAAUCUUCUUUUGGAACUUUUAAUUAUUUAUUAGGUCUGGAGAGAAGAAGCAGACUUUAUUUGGAACAAAGCAUUCCUUUUUAUUUUUAACGUUAGGAUCUUUUUGAUUGCACUCUGGCAAUUGUAUGGAAAGUCUAAUUUCUUUUUGAUUGGUCAUUUUAAUGCAUUUGAGUGGUUCUUCCUUUUUGUAGUGUUUGUGUGUUUUUGUUUUUGUAUUUUUUUUUUUUUUUUGUUCUUAAAAGCCUCCUAAAAAUAAAUAAAAUGUCUAUCAAAUAAGUAGCAAAAAAUGUAAAGAUUAGGUUUUUUUGGUAAGGCCAUUUGUUCCUUUUCCUUAAUUUACAGGUUUUUAUAGUGUGUGUGUGUGUGGUUUUUUCUGUUUUUUUUUUUUUUUGUUUUUUUUAGUUACGUCCCAAUUUUAUUUUCUUGGUUCAUAACUUAUUGUAGGGCUACAUAGUGUGUAUCGUACCUUUUAAAGAGGACAAUUGGCAGUGCCCAUAAACAUGCCAUCAGCUUCUAGUUAUUUUAACUAGUACAUUUUAUGAUAACCUGUUCUGGUUGCUAUGGGUAACUUAUUGUCCCCUUUUUAGAAGGUUUGAUUUCCUCACAGUAGAUAGUUCUGUGCGUGUGUGCACACACUCCUGUACUGUUGAAGGGAUACUUGACCACGUGUGCCAGUGUUGAUUCCAAUUCUAGGAUUGCCAUGGUACACUGCAGGGUCUGUAUGUUACAGCCCCAUGAUGUGUCCUUGUUUAUACUGGAAUCCUGCCACUAAAGCAGCUUCUGAUUUUGUUCCUCCCGCUGCCCCCGCCCACCCCACCCCACCUCCCCUGUUUUUUUUUUCAAAUUUGUUUAUUUGGACCAAAUAUUUGCACAUACCCAACAAAUCAGGUUUCUGUCUACAUUUUAAAAUAGUUUUUUACAAGUGCCUUACCUCCUGUGUUAAACGGACAGCUGCCUAUCCAGACCAUGUAAGGACCAAUUCACCAGGUAUCUGUUACCAACAUGAGGAAUGUACCCUAGAAUCAUGUUAGUAGGUAACUUCAAAGUGUUAGUUCAAACUUUUGUUUUCUCUUCAGAAAUUCUGCUAGAUGUCUCAGUGCCUUACGUGCCCUUCUCUUCUUCUGCAAGGGGGCUGUGCAGUGGAUACAAGGCACUGAACCGUUGUACCAAAUACAUCUUAUAAACUCUCGGAUCAGAGUUCUGUGUCUUCAGGUUUCAUCCUUCCAUUCAGUCUCCUGUUUGUUGGGUUGGGAGAUUAGUGCGCUACGGACUGUUUUAAAUUAUUUGGUUUUGUCUUUUUGUUGAAUCCCUCCCCAAAGAUGACGUUUUGAUUACAUAAAAUGUUUAAUAAAAUGUUCAAUAAAAA